AUCUUUACUUUACUCCACUAUUUAUUUUUUUGCCAACUUUUUACUUUUACUCCUUACAUUUAAACGUAAUUAUCUGUACUUUCUACUCCUUACAUUUUAAAAACAAGCUCGUUACUCUAGUUUCGGAUUUUUUGUUGUUGUUGUUCAACCCAGACUGAUUUCGAGCGUCAUUGGAUGAGACACAGAACCCCCUAACAUUCAGAGAUGUCAUUGGUGUGUGGGCUGUCCUGUCCAUCUGCGCAUGGCACGAAACGAAGUGCACGUUGAAACCGCGGCAAAAUUGAUUCAGUUGGUAAGAGAAGAGCAUGAUGUCUAGCGAAAUGUCAGAAGCGUCUGAAAGCACAGGAGAGAACGUUGGUAGUAGUUCUAGUGAUGGCGACCAGCAAAACCUUUCUCAUCCCUGGCCUUACCUGAAAGAAUUGUUCGAAAUUGUCGGGAGCAAAAACGACUCGUGGAAAAUGCACUGCAAACUUUGUGAACCAAAGAACCAUGUAAUUUUGGCUUUCAAGAACUCUCCUUCCAACUUGAAGAAACAUGUCGAGAGAAAACACCCUAAUCAUCUGGCGAGAUACAAAACUUUCACUUCAAACGCCCUAAGAAGAAAGCCAGAAGGAGCACCAGAUGAAAGCCCCCCAUCCAAGCAAGCUAAGUUAUGGGAAACCAGAAGAGUGUCCCAGGCCAGUUUGGAUAAAUCAGUCCUCCAUUUUAUCAUACAAGGCCUUCACCCACCUAAUGUAGUUGAGCAGCAGGGUUUCAUAGAUCUUGUACAUCUUCUCCAGCCCAAUAUAAAAGUGAUUUCACGCAACACUGUUGUGAACAAAGUAGAGAAGGCUUCCCUGGAAAUGAAAAACAAUCUUAAAACCGCUCUAAGUGAACUUCAGUUCAUUGCCACUACAACUGACUGCUGGACAGCUUACAGGCGUGGAUUCAUAGGUGUCACAGCACAUUGGCUAGACCCCCAGACUAUGACGAGAUGUUGCGCUGCCCUAGCCUGCAGACAGCUUAAAGGUUCACAUACUUUUGAUGUCCUUGCCAGUGCUCUGAACGAUAUCCACAGUGAAUUUAAUAUUCGUGAAAAGAUUACACGCACUACAACGGACAAUGGCUCAAAUUUCGUAAAAGCUUUUAGGGUUUAUGGUCAGACUGAUGAAAAUAACAAUUUAGCAGCAGAGAGUGGUAAAGGAGAUGAUGAUGAUGAUGAUGGUGGUGGUGGUGAUUAUGAAUAUGAUGAUGAAGAGCAGGAUAGUACUGAGAGCAUGGAGUUUGUUGAAGCUGGAGCCAUACUGGAUGAAGACGACUCCCUGGAAUAUCAGCUUCCGAAACACCAUCGCUGCGCAUGCCAUCUUCUCAACUUGGUGUCAACAACUGAUGUUGAGGAGGCAAAUGCUAACACAGUUUACAAAAGGGUCUCGCGCUCAACAUUUUCGAAGUGCUGGAGUCUGUGGAAUAAAAGUGCAAGGUCAACCACAGCAGCAGAGAUCAUUGAGGAGACUUGCAAACUCCAGCUCUUGAGGCCAAAUGCAACAAGAUGGAACAGCCUUUUCUUAGCAGUGGAAAGGAUUGUGAGAAUUGCCAGAGAACAUGGAGAUGGGGCCAUUGCAGCUGUCUGCAGUGCACUGAAGAUACCAAUGUUUACUCCUGUCGAGCUUGCCUUUCUGUCCGAAUAUGCAAAGACUAUGAGCCCAGUUGCAAAGGCUCUUGACGUACUUCAAGGAGAGACCAAUGUGCAAAUGGGAUGGUUGGUCCCUACAAUAACCUUACUCAAGACAAAGCUCCAGCACCUUCACACUUCUUCCAAGUUCUGUAGGCCAUUGAUUGAUGCACUUUUAGCAGGACUUGAAAAACGAUUUGGACAAAUGCUUAAAGAUCCGGAGCUGAUAGCCGCGGCUAUACUAGUCCCCAAAUUCAAGACGUGCUGGACAAGUGAUGAACAAAUCAUAAAACUUGGCCUUGACUAUAUCAGAAGUCACUUGAAAGACCAAACUGUGGAGAAUCCACGUGAGAGCUCCCAUUCUUCAGAGGAGGACGACUUCUUUUCUGCAAUCAAACAGACCACCAGUUCCCAAGAAAAUGCUAAACAGUUGGAGACUUACCUUGGAUGCCCAGGUGAUACAGUAGAUAUACUUAAGUCUUUCCCGGCAGUAUGCAACCUGUCAUUGAGGCUUAACACAGCACUACCAGCCUCAGCAGCCUGCGAGAGACUGUUCAGUUCGGCAGGACUGAUCUUUAGACCAAAAAGGGCACGUACUGAUUCUAAGAACUUUGAAAACCAGCUUCUUUUGAAGCUAAACAGAAGGUUCUGGUGAUUUGUAUAGGAUAUGUCAAUGUAUUCUUUCUAUCAUACACAAACACAGGAAUACUGACUGUCUCUUUCUUUCAUUCUCUCCAUUCACACACUCACACACACUCUCACACAGUCAAUCACACACACACAGUCACACCAACAGACACUCUCUUUUUGUUCAACAUGGACUGACAUGCACUUUUGUUCUUGCACAAAGUCCCAAUUCAAGCACUUAAGGCUUCAGAGACUGUUGAUAUGUACCUAGGGUACACUUUAGUAAGUUACUCCCACGUUUUUGAUGGGACUCCGGGAAUAAUGCACAACAAAGAUGUAUACCACUGCCACAAAUCCUCACUGCACAUACAAAAUGUACAUUCUUGCACUCUCCUAGUGCCAUGUGCAAAACUUUUUUUUUUUUUUUUGGUAGUGUUUCUCUGUAUACUGUAUACGAGUUACUCCAUGUUUUGAAGGGGUUUCUUUUGCAUAGGUUUGAAGUCUCAGUUUGAAGUCUCUGUCCUCUUUUUGUCCACCCACACUUAAAUGUAUGCAGUAUAUUUCUCUCCUUAACAUGCACUGAUAAGAACACUCCUUAAUACACAGACACUCAGGUCACAGUCAUUUGCUGCUAAAAUAAUGUUCUGAUAGUUUUGCAGGCCAGGAUAUGUCUUGAAUAUUACUACCUCAGUUUGAAAGUCUAUUUGUAUUCCAAUAAAGUUUGAGGAAAACAUGCCCAUCAGGUUUGUUGUCUUAGCAUUAUGUUUUUGUUUAAUGUUUCACCGUGUCUUGGGAUCCAUGUAGCACUAAUCAGUUGUUAAAUUAAAGGAGUAGUCCAGUUUAAAGAUGGGGACCAUUUGACUUUUCAU